AAAAUGUUGUCUAAGAUGAUUAGCAGUGAUUCAUCACAUGGCCAAGAUUCAUCUUACUUCUUGGGAUGGAUGGAGUACGAAAAGAAUCCUUAUGAUGAAAUUCACAACCCCAACGGAAUUAUUCAGAUGGGUCUUGCUGAGAAUCAGCUCUCUUUUGAUCUUCUUGAACAAUGGCUUGCUGAUAAUCCAGACUCCAUUGGAUUGAAGAGUAAUGGCCAAUCUCUUUUCAAAGAGCUUGCUCUUUUCCAGGACUAUCAUGGCUUCCCUGCUUUCAAAAAUGAAAUGGUGGAAUUCAUGGGUAAACUAAGAGGGAACAGAGUGAAAUUUGAUGCUGAUAAGCUUGUUCUGACUGCUGGUGCAACUUCUGCCAAUGAAACUCUCAUGUUCUGCCUUGCUGACCCUGGCGAUGCUUUUCUUCUUCCUGUUCCUUACUAUCCUGGGUUCGAAAGAGAUUUAAAAUGGAGAACAGGAAUUGAAAUAGUUCCAAUACAGUGUUCAAGCUCAAACGAUUUCAGAAUCACCUCAUCAGCACUAGAAGAAGCCUACAACGAAGCCCAAAUACGUGACCUAAAAGUCAAAGGCGUACUAAUAACAAACCCUUCGAACCCUUUAGGCACAACCAUGACUCGAGAGGAGCUUGACUUACUCAUAGAUUUCGUCGUUGCUAAAGAGGUCCACAUUGUAAGCGACGAAAUAUAUUGUGGCACUGUUUUCGAUGACACGACCUUCAUCAGCAUCGCCGAAGUCGUCAACGAUCGAACCCUAGAAGUGUCCGAGUCAGUACGAAGUAGAGUCCACAUAGUUUACAGUCUCUCCAAAGAUCUAGGAGUCCCAGGAUUUCGAGUUGGCAUGAUCUACUCUGGAGAUGAGAAUGUUGUUUUGGCAGCGACCAAAAUGUCGAGCUUCGGACUCAUCUCGUCUCAAACUCAGUACACACUUUCUCGUAUGUUGUCAGACAAGAUAUUCAUGAAGAAAUACAUGAAAAAGAACAGAAAAAGGCUCAGAAAGAGGAAAGAUAUUCUUGUUUCAGGGCUUAAGAGUGUUGGAAUCAAGUGUUUGAAAAGUAACGCUUGUUUGUUUUGUUGGGUCGAUAUGAGAAGUCUUUUGAGGUCUAACACGUUUGAAGCUGAGAAAGAGCUUUGGAAGAGAGUUGUUUAUGAAGUUGGGUUGAAUAUCUCGCCUGGUUCAUCCUGUCAUUGCUCUGAACCGGGUUGGUUUAGGAUGUGUUUUGCUAAUAUGUCUGAAGAAACCCUCCAUGUGGCAGUCAAGCGUCUUAUGACAUUUGUAAAAAAAAUGAAACAAGAAUAA